GCGUCUGAGAGCUCACCCUUUUUUCAAUAGCUUAAGGGAAGACUCAAUGUAAAGUGUUUACAAAUUUGGGUUGUAGAAUAGAUGUAAAUUAAUUAUGGCUCCUAGAUAGGAAUUGCUUUUUUAAUUCAUUUUUGUAAGCCAAGAUGAUUUAGUAUAAAAAAACAAAUUUAAGUUUCAAAUGUGCCUUCCAAACUUUAGCACCCAUGAAUUUUAUGCUGAUGGCAGAUAUUUGUCAGGACAUUGAGUUUUGGUAAUCUGGUGAAGAGCUUAGAUUUUUUUUUCUUUUUUUUUUAUAUAUGUGAAGUUACCUGCUGGAUUUUCAGUUAUCUCACUCAAGGUUAUCUUUGUGUGUUACAGGUUUAGGUGGUGCUGGUAAUGUGGAGUUGUAAGGGGUGCUCAGAAAAAGUGUCAAGUAGGUCCAAACUUUUGCAUACAGAAGACAUGAAGUUGUUCGUGAUGCACCGAUGGUGGAGGCUUUCAUGUCAAGAUGGCCUGGUCUAUUUGACAUUAGAGAGGUAUGACCUGUCUCAUACAUGUUUUUUUGGAUACUGUGUUAAUCUAAGAUGUCUAGGCACAUUUACUUCACUGUUCACUUUGGCAACACGAGUGAUUGUGGCCUUCUUCCAGAUGUUUAUAAUUUGAAAAUCAUUCCUUUGUGCUCAUUUUUUCAGAUAAAUGCUGAGUUUAAGAGAAUUACGACCAUACCGCUUCAUUCAAAGUUCUUCUCUCAACUGGAUCUCCACUGUGACAACCUGAGGAAGCUCUUCAAAAGAAGAGGAGGACAGCUCGGACAAAAGCUUAGACAAAUUGUUGCACAAAUGGAUGAUUGUGAAGAUGUUGAUGUUGCACGGGAGUGUGUCAUUAAGGGAGUCUGCAUAUAUAUGGGAGAAGAUCCAGCCAAGCUCAUCCAUAAAUAUGUGGGUGUGGAUGAAGCUAAUAUUGAAGAGGGUAUUGGAGCCACCACCAUCGGUGUUUUUCAUCUUAAAGACUGUUCUUCAGCAGAUGAAGACAUCGGGGUCGUUCUUGAAGGCAUCAGAGUGUUGUCCAAUUUGGAUAGUGUGCCAACAGCUGUUGCAAUGCUUUUUGGACUGAUAUAUGCAAUGAACCUCGCCUACCCUGCUGACCUCCGCUACACUUUCGAGGUAUUACAGAAAAUAGUAAUGGAACUGGAUGGAGGUAAACUGUCAAACAAGGCAUUGUCCCUUAAAAAACACCUCUAUGAGUGAAUAGAGAUUUUCUCAUGUUUAAUUUGGUAAUGUUCUCAUGUUCAGUUUUUGUAUUUCUUGUUGUAUUCUUUAUUGGAGGACACAAAUGUAUUUUUUUUAAUGAGGAACGUUCACCUGAAAGACUGGGCUUCAGCAGCUUUUACGUUCCAGUAUGUAGUGCUACUUAUAACACUACUGCUACUUAGUGUUACAAAUAUGUUAAAGAAAUUUGCUAUAAAAGUUACAUUACACUGAUUUAUUGUCAUGCAAAUUACAUGUUCAGAAUUGUUUUAGAAAUUUUACAUACUUUUCUAAAUCAUUUUGUCUUUCAUAUUAAUAUCUUAUAGAUAAACUUUUAAGAUGUAGUGUUUCCCUUGUAAAAAAAUGUUCUUGUUUUUACACAUUUGUUUAGACUAUCACUAUGGUAUUACAUAGUAAUCAGUAAGACAUGUGACAGAUAAUUGGUGUAAAAAGUUUAGCUUUGUCUCAUUUUGACAUAACAUACUGAUAGUUUUAACAAAUAUGUUAAAAAAGUCUGUAAAGCUAUGUACUGCAGCAUUAAUUAAUGUCAUUUGAAUACAUGUUCAAAAACAGUUUGUAGAAAUUUGACAUACUUUUCAUAAUCUUGUACAUCUUUUAUAGAAAUAUGUCUCAGGUUUUCCUUCAUGUUCAUAAAAAUUGUAUUUACUAAAUUUAAAAAAAUUCAUGUCUCUUCAAUUUAA